CCGCCCGCCGCCGAGCCGCCGCCGCGGCGCGCAGAGCGGGCGCGCUGCCCUCCUCCUCCUCCUCUUCCUUCUCCCUCCUCCUCCUCCUCCUCCUUCUCCUCCUCCUCUUCUUCCUCCUCCUCCUCCUCGUUAGAUGCUGCGGCGGCCGCCCGGGAGCAGCCCCGCUCCGCGCACGGCCGCCGACCGCGGGCAGCAGCGGAGCGGCGCGGAGAUGGUACCGCUGGUGCGGAGCGCCGGGGGCUCCCACCAGUGGCCGGCGAUAGUGGUCCUCGGCCUGUGUUGUCUCCUACCUCCCGGGCGACUCGCUGCUCCCGGUGGGGACUUCCCCGGGGCGACCGUGGACAAUCUGGUGGUCAGGAAGGGGGACACGGCGGUGCUUAGGUGUUACUUGGAGGAUGGAGCUUCCAAAGGUGCCUGGCUGAACCGGUCAAGUAUUAUUUUUGCUGGAAGUGACAAGUGGUCAGUAGAUCCUCGGGUUUCAAUCGCCACAGCAAACAGAAGAGAAUACAGCCUGCAGAUACAGGAUGUCGAUGUGACAGAUGACGGUCCCUACACUUGUUCUGUGCAAACUCAGCACACUCCUAAAACGAAGCAGGUGCACUUAACUGUACAUGUUUCCCCGAAGAUAUACCGCAUUUCAAGUGACAUCGUUGUGAACGAAGGGAGCAACGUUACCCUGGUGUGCCUGGCCACGGGGAAGCCAGAGCCUUCCAUUUCCUGGAGACACAUCUCUCCAUCAGCAAAGCCCUUUGAGAGUGGGCAGUACCUGGACAUCUAUGGAAUUACAAGGGACCAGGCUGGGGAAUACGAGUGCAGCGCAGAAAACGAUGUCUCGGUCCCAGAUGUGAAGAAAGUAAAAGUCACAGUAAACUUUGCCCCCACAAUUCAGGAACUUAAAUCCAGCGGUGUGGUGCUUGGAGGGAACGGCCUGAUACGGUGCGAAGGUGCAGGAGUUCCUGCCCCGGUCUUUGAGUGGUACAAAGGAGAGAGGAAACUGAUCAAUGGUCAACAAGGAAUCACUAUUAAAAAUUAUAGCACAAGAUCACUUCUUACUGUUACCAAUGUGACAGAAGAGCAUUUUGGCAACUAUACAUGUGUCGCUGCCAACAAGCUAGGGACGACCAAUGCCAGCCUGCCUCUCAACCAAAUUAUUGAGCCUACUACCUCUAGUCCUGUCUCAAGCCCAGCUCCCAGUACAGCCCAGUACGGGAUCACCGGCGAUGCCGAAGUCCUCUUCUCCUGCUGGUACCUUGUGUUGACACUGUCCUCCCUCACCAGCAUAUUCUACCUGAAGAACAUCAUUCUGCACUAAAUGUAAAGACCCAUAAAAGGCUUUUAAGGAUUCUCUGAAAGUGCUGAUGACUGGCUCCAAUCUGGUAGAGUUUGUUAAAAGCAGCGUGGGAUAUAAUCAGCAGUGCUUACGUGGGGAUGAUCGCCUUCUGUAGAAUUGCUCAUUAUGUAAAUACUUUAAUUCUACUCCUCUUUUUGAUUAGCUGCAUUACCUUGUGAAGCAGUACACAUUGUCCUUUUUUAAGACGUGAAAAACUCUGAAAUUACUUUUAGAGGAUAUUAAUUGUGAUUUCAUGUUUGUAAUCUCCAAGUUUUCAAAAGCAUUCAGUCAUGGUCUGCUGAGUUGCAGACUGUAGUUUACAAAAAAAAAGAGAAGAUAUUGCAGUAAAAAUGUGCUUCUUUAAGGCUGCAAUACAAAUAUUCAGUUCCCUUCUUGAACAGCAUUGAACCCACAUUUACACAGACACAUUUUUCCUUUUUUGAUAGAAAAAAUAACAAAUAAUAUUGCCUUCAAAAUAAUAUUUCUUCAAAAUAUUACACAUAUCUAGAUUUUCUUCUAGCAUGAUAUUCAGGUUUCAAGAAUGAGCCUUGUAUUAUAACUGCAUUGUGCAGUACUGCUUUCUGGUUUCUUUCCUUUCUCCUGCAAAUUCAGCAUGGGUGUGCCUUCAUAAAACACUUCUUUCCUCUUCCUCUCCAACAAAUCUGGAAUGUCUUUUGGGAAAUGCUAAAGCAUCCUUUUGAGCAUAACAAAUCUCUAGUCUAGGACAAAGGUGCUAUUGGCUAAAAGCAAAACCUCCUCUCCCAUCUCCAGGGGGUCAUCAAAAAGCUUCAGACUUAGGUUUUUAGGCAACCAGUUGAGGAUAGCACCAACUCCUCUUUGUGUUUUCCAUCUAGCACCACUGACCAGUAGAUGAUUUCAGUAAAAACCAGUUUUUCCCAUUACAAAACAGAACACAAAUUAUUUUGAGACAUCUUUUGAAUGUAGGAAUGUUUCCCUUAGUCAUUCUAAAGCCAAAUUCCUCAAUGGCUGUAAAUGUCAGAAGCUGAACUGUCCCUUUUGUAUUACUGGCAAAAACUAUGUGAAUUGGUAUUUUUCUUGCACUUAAUUUUGUACUGGUUUGGCUAAUUUAGCAAUGAUAAAGGAUGCUUUUAAAUAUUAGAUAUCUGAAAAUACAUGAAGUAUCAAGCAGAAUUUUAUAUAUAUACAUAUAUAUAUAUUAAAACGAGGUUGCUCCAAUAACUGUACCGAAGUGCAUGUUGCCGUCCACGAUAGAAUCAUCAUUACAGACAGGACUUCAUUACCGACGUACUAACGCUGUACAAAUAGCUUGCACAGCAGUUAAGGCCUCAUACCUAAUUUCCUAGUACUGCAGUCUAUCGAGAUAGAUAACGCUCAUUUCACCCAGUGAAGGAUCAAGUUCUGAAAUAGCACCUAAUGCUACUAACUUUGUUGUUUUUAAGCAGCCCCGGACAGCACUAAUGCAAAAUGUUACUCACCGUUUAUGGCUGAGUUUAAAUGCCAUCUGUGUAAACUGCUGGGGCAUGACGAUGGCCAACAGCCCUUGACUACAACAUCCCUUUGUGACCCCAACAGAUUUUGACUUGCUUACAAAGCAGCUAUUGAUGACAAGAGUAACAAAACCACUAUUGACACCAACACUCCUAUGUUUUCUCUAUCUAUAUGUCUGGUAGGUGACACAAUUCCUGUAGUCGAUGUUUUGUCUCCUAUCAAUCCAUAGGUUUUUGUAGCAAGCAAUACCAGAUGAGCACUGUGCAUACCCAGCAGUUCCAAGUUCAGCUCACAGGUACCCCAGUUUUUGGAAAGGCAGACUCUGGGUUUCACUAGUCUCAGUAUACACCACCCCAUGCUAACAGAAUAUACACUGAAUCUGUUGUAGUUAGUGAUAAAGGGUAUAAAAGAAAUAUGUUGACUCCAAAACAUGGGAAUGGAGUGUCCUGGGUCACUGUGGAUGUUCAGUGACAGAUCAUACUAUUUCUAUCUUAUUUCCAGUUACUAUUUUCAGUAAUGUAGCAUUUUUUAAAACCUCAAAUAACAUGAGAAACUUAAUCCUCUGAGGAAACAGUCAAAACCCAAUUCAAAUUGUACUAUACACAGUCCUGAUAUCCUGAUGUCUCUUGUAUUGCAGCUUUAAAGUGCUAUAUUUUAGAACCCAUUUGCUAGAAACAGUGGUGCUGCAGAAAGUAUUGUGUCAGUAUGGUUUUAUGAGGGGAAAAAAAAAGGAUAUGCAUAGCCCAGCUCAUGCGCCUUGUCUCACAUAAAACUGAGAUGUUUCUAUACUGUGGCUGGAUCAAAUUCCAUAUUUCAAUGAUAUAUUUCAUUCCAGUGGUUCCCAAGACCUGAAACAUGGUAUUUCCAGCAGCAGAAUAGAAUGAACAGCAGCUUUAUUAAAUAUAUUUCAAAAAGAUAAUUAUAAGUUGACUGUUUGCAUUCAUACCUGCUAGAGCUACUGGAUAACAUGGAUAUUCAGUCCCAUCUCAGACUUUUCACUUGAAUUUGGGGGGACACCAUUAUUGUCAAGUUUAAAAAGUCAAAAGCAAACAAACCCUAAACAUUUCUGGGUGCCAGUGGUGUUUCCUUAGAUGAAAUAAGUGUUUGAUAGCGGUCAGGCCUAUUAAAACAGGCAUUUGAUAGCAGUGUUUGGUGGUGGAUGCGUGUGUGGGUGCAAAGCGCGGCACAGGGCGAGCUCUUGGUGUCUGUGGACUUAGUCAGCUUGUGAGACUUGCCCGCUCCAUCCUCCACUCCUACAUAGAGGUGCAGCCGUGCUGAGCUCGGUGCACCAGUUAACCCAACAGACCUAGUACGUGCAGCCAAACGCCCUUAAUUAUUGCAGGAUUGGAGCUGUAGGCAGCAUGGAUCAAAUAAAGCAGCAACCAAGUUGGUGAAUGUUCCAUGCAGUGAACUGGGAAUUGUACAGACUGGGACUUAUUGAGGUGUUCCAAACCGGACAGUGCUGCAAAUAGAACACAGCCACGUUUCACAAAACCUACCCACCCUUUUAAUCUGUAGGUGUGUUUGCGUUAGGCAAUGGUUGGAGGGUAUGUUCUAGGCUUCUUCAAAGGGUUAACCCACACCGGUCACAUCUGUUGGGCAGAUAUUAUUCUAUUUAUUCCUACCUUUAAAUAAAUAAAUGGCUUAGCUCCAAGCAGCAUAACUGAGGUUGUUGUCCACAUCAAACCCCCCCAGGUCUGUAACACCAUAAGUAAGUUCCUACGUGUGUAAUAACUCAGGUCUGCAGUUGCCAUUGCGCCGGUGACAUCCAUAGAAGCAAUGAUGCUCUUAAUUACACAGUUGCUGAUGGUGAUAUUAUACUAAUACUAAAUUAAAGGAUGUCUCACAACUUCCUGAACAAAUGCAGUUUCUUGAGGGUUUAUAACUUGGCAGGAAAUGCAUCCUUCAGAGCUAGACAGCUUUUUUUAAGCUUUUCAGUAUAUAUAUAUAUUAUUUUAGAAACUGUGCUGUUUUUAAGAUGCAGGAGUGUUAAAACCCGUCAUCAGUGAAAGCUGCUUUUUUGCACAUUUUCAUAGCUGGCAUUCUGGACAGACAAUGGGAAAUGUUCUGCCUACCAAAAUCUCCACUUAGCCCACAGAACUGUGUUAUAAAGAAUGUCUAUACCAAAAUAUGUACUUACAUGGAUGAACAAUAUGCCUUAAAGACUAAAUAUGCAUUUACUUCUAAGACUAGGCCAGAAGUGUGCCCAGUAUGGAGGUAAAUAAUCCAUAUUUCAUAGCC